UACAGUGGAAAUGGUGUGAUAAGUGUCGACACUAGUGGUAGCUAUCGGUGAAUGUAAUGAUUAAAGUGAUUGAAAUGUUAGCUACAAAUCAAUGGAUGUAAGCAUUGAUGUUAUGAAACACGCGUUAUAUAAAUAUCACAUGAGUUUUGAACAUUAAUUGACCACUAAUUGUGUGACAACUGAUUAUGGAUUCAGACGACGAUUCAGUUGAUGGCGACACCACUUACAAGAGGAAUGUAGUGAUGGGUGUCUUAAUUGGUGAUGAAUUGGGACAUUUGAAACGCAUAGAUAUGGCGGCUAAAGAUAAAGUGUUGGCCAUUCACUCGGAACCGGUCGAUGACAUCCAUCAUUCAAAGAGUGUCUCAUCCAUUACUUGUCUUCAUAAUAACAAUAAUGAUAAUCAUUGCAGUGAUUACUUAAUAGCAAACAAAUGUCAUUCACUUUCCAUUUAUAACUCUGUGUCCAAUCAUUUGCAUCGGUUUCGGGUUGGAGUCAACAAUGAAUCCUUCUUAAUGGGCGCUCAACCUAUUGAUGAUAACAAUAUAGUUGUCUGUUAUGAAAACGGAUCAGUUUUUAUCAGAAAUAUUGAGAAGGAGUUGAUUCAAUUAUCUGAAAACAAGAAGAAAGCUAUCAAACUAUUAGGUCUCGACCUCAUAAGUACCACCACUUCAAAGCCCGACGAUUCUGUUGAAAAGCGUAAGAUCUCGAAGAGUGUUCAGUGCUCUAAUGGUAAAGAUGUAUUGACACCCAAGUCGACCAAACCAUGUACUAAACCAUCAAAAUAUGUGAACACCGAGUCAUCUGUUAUCACUUCUUGUACCCCAAUAUUCAAUCCAAAUUACAACACAGCAAACACUCAUUUGACAUCAUUUAAAGUUAAUGAUCACAUGUUAGCCAUAGGAGGAAAAAAUAUUGAUUUAAAAGUGUUUGAUUUAAAUACCAAACAAUCUAUCUUUAAUGCCAAACCCCUGUCCAAUGACUGGCUCGGCAUAAAGCAAGAGACGUGGAUAUCGGGUGUUGAAUGGGUUGGUGGCAACUCUAAGAGCAACGAAUGUCCCUCAUGGGUGGCCACUUGUUCCCGAAGUGAUUCUGUUGUUCGUGUUUAUGAUAUUAAAAGCAAACAAAAAAAACCAGUGAUGAAUAUUAAUCUGAAGAAUGAAACUUUUAAUAAUGAUUCAAAUCCGCCAUCAUUUACAGCCAUUUGUUCGACAUCAGUGCCGCACACUAUUGCAAAGCCAACACAAAAUAUAAUAUUGGGAACAACUAUCGGUCGGAUGAUGGCAGUCGACCUCAGGUUUAAUACUCAUUCGUACCGACAUUUAGGUGUAUUUAAAGGCUUUGGCGGUGGAGCUAUUCGUGACGUAAAAUAUGUCGGACAAACUCACAAUACAUUUAAAGUAUUGAGCUGUAGUUUAGAUCGAUUCGUAAGAAUACAUAAUUUCAAGACUUGCCCAUCGAGUACAAGAAGUCUUGAAUCAAAAAUCUAUAUCAAAACGAGACCCACUUGUCUUCAGCCAAUUUGCAACACUUUUAAAACUAAUUCAUUAGUUAUGGAUAUUGAUGAUGAUAUCGAUGACUCAGAUAUAGAUUAGUACUAAUAAUUAGCCUUAGAUUACAUUAGUUUUGUUUUUAAAUUUUAAAAUUAUUAUAUUUAUCUAACUAUAUAUCAUUUUGAAUGGCAAUAAAGUUUUGGACAUUAAUUUAGAAA